AUGCUGGCCCGGUUGGGUAAGCCGACGACGCAGGAAAUUGAAAGGCUUCACAUAUCUACCAUUGAACGCCUUAAGAACCAAGGCGCCUUCGAUCUCCCGUCACAAGAGACCAGUCAGGCCCUUCUUGACGCUUACUUCCAUUUUUCACUUGCUGCACUGCCUAUUCUUGAUAGGUCCAGAUUCCUUGUCAGUCUCGAGGAAGGCAAAUUUUCACACUUGCUCUUGAAUGCUAUCUACCUCGCUGCCACUAUAUACUGUUCGGAUUCCGUCAUUGCUAAUGCCGGAUUUGUGUCCCGGUACGCUGCAAGCCUCACCUUUUACCAGAGAGCCAAAUCUCUUUAUGAUGCUGGUUAUGAAACAGAUGCUAUCGUGACGAUCCAAGCCACGUUUCUUAUGUGCUAUUGGUGGAAUGGCCUUCUAGAACACCAAGACCCUUGGUAUUGGGUUGGUAUCUCUGUGGGAAUGGCACAGGCUUUAGGACUGCAUCAGACAAAGUCAUAUAUCCGUCUCGAAGAGAAAGACCGAAAAUUAUGGCGAAGAUUGUGGUGGAUGGCCAUGAACAUAAAUCUGUCUAUGCUUCUCGAUCGUCCUCCACAUGUACAGGGAAGACUGUGCAAUGUCCCCCCUCUGUCGGAAGCUGAUUUUGAACAAGUCAGCGGGUCCCAAGAGACAGAAGUCAAUGAGGCAAAUACCUUCGCGAUAAAUGCUGUGCAACUAGCUCGAACAGUUGAUCGCUUCUUCACUAUUAAAUUCGACGAAGACAGUGGUCAUUCACAAGAUAUCUGUUUAGAGCAGAUUUCCUUGUGCUCUGAAUCCCUCCCACCGGAAUUCAAGUCGUUGUCAACGAAUAGCAGCAAGUGGGCUAUAUUAACUCAUAUAUUAUACCAGGAAUACCGACUAAUUCUGCACCGGAGCAACCCAAGGUUCUCUCUCAACAUCGGACCAGACAGUCCAACAUUCGAGAUAUGUACAGAGAUCUCCCACAUGCUCGAAAUACUCAUGGCAAACGAUCUUCUAUACGCAGCCGCAGCUAGCAUACUUGCGCCCGUGCUGUCGGUGCUCUCGAUCUACAUCGUCAACAUACUCAGAGGAGAUACCGGCGUCCGAAUGAUCUCACAGCAUCGCGCCCGCUUCUGCAUGCUCAUACUUGACAAGUUGCAAGAUCGGUUCCCGGUUGUUGCGGCCUACUAUCCGAUUUAUGAAUCCAUGCUUAGGCGACACUCUGCAGGUGGGCAGACACAGGAUGCGGGGGUACCGGAGUGUACGGGAACAGGAUCCUCGGUGCAGAAUGGUCCUCGUCAACUUGAUAACGAAGGCAAUCUUGGUAGUAUGGAUUCCACUGGGGGGGUUAUUUGA